AGGAUUUCGGGCUGUCACCGCGGCGUGCGUUGUUGCACAAUAAUGCUGUCCGAGUGCGCGCCUCGCUGGGUAUUGAAACACAGUCAUUAGAUUCCGGAAAUGAACAAACUCGUGAUGUCAGGAGGAGUGGAAGAGAAACAGACAGCACAGGAGAAAUUUACGUUUAUUUCGUAGGAUUUAUGGACUGUAGAGAUAUGACAGCGUCAUAUGAUGGAGUAAACGCGUGAAAUGAGCACUGGACAUGUUUCAGGGAGAUUGUGGAUGAUCGCUGGUCCAAACUGAAAGUGUUUUCACGCGCAUCGUGUGCUUCCUAUUCCAGAUCAACGUUUCAGCAAACAUGACGCGACUCGCAUUGGAACAAGUGACUGAUUUCGGCGAUUUCACGAAAGGAAAGAAUCUAAAAGAGUUUUUCAAGCAGGCAUACUCCAACAUCUUAUCUCAAAACUGCCUGUCCGAUGUGCGUCUGAGUCCAGAUGGACGUCACAUUCAUGUCAUUGUGCGUCAGCCCAAGAGUGGUCUUAUGACACAUGACAAAUAUCAGCGAGCCCAUCUCAUGCAAUUCCAGAAGCACGUUGAUUUAGUAAUAACUGGAAAUGUGCCUAUAGUGGAUGUCAUUUAUAUCCCUCAAAGCAAACCAGAAGAUGGAGCCUCUGUGUUGGGAGUUAUUUUUGAGAAUGGAAGAGUGGAAUUCUGGAAAUUCCUAGAGUGCAGAUCAGGCUGGCAUUUACUCCAGACUGUAGAUCUGUGUAAGAGCCCUCGUGCUAAAGUAAUUUCGGUGUGCAUGUGUCAGAAUUUCAUUAUAUGGUGUGAGGAGCGACCACCAUCUGAGAACUCCAAUAGUGUGAGCAGCAACCUCAGGUUCUGCAUCUGCAAAAAGACUAUAGAAGUUAAUGAGGGGGGUGUCCGUUUGGGAAACGUGAAAAUUGCAUUGCACAAUAAUCCUCGAUACACAACCAUCAGUUCUGGGGAUUUGGUCUAUCUGCUCCCAGAUAUGAGGGAAAACCGUGUUUCUUGCAAGGUGUUUCUUGCAUGGUCUCCUGAACAUGACAGCUUUAAAGUGCAUAGUGCCUGUAGUUGCACACUUAUGAAAAGCUCAAGCAAGGAAUCUGACUUCAAGAGACUUGUUACAGACUGCAUUGGCCUUCUAUUCACCAUAAAUCCUGAUAUCUGUGGAUUCUCUCCAACUGGAUGUGGAGACCUCCUUCUCCUUCUCAGCACUGGUUGGGUAUGCAUUAUGAAGAGAAACGGCGGUCUUCACAACAUAUACAAACUUCCUGAUAACUGCCUAAGUGCUAGUGGGUCCCAAAAUAGCCUGAAUAUAUAUAACGAAAUCCUGGCACUAACAAUAGGCAGGACCCUCUUCUUAAUCGACACCAAAUGUGGUCUGGAAUUAGAAAGAAUAAGUCUGAAAACAGAAGGUCUUCUCUUCGUAAACACUUUGGAUAGUCACUCUCCACAAAUGCUGUCAGAAACAGGGCUGUUUGUGGUCACACAAAACCCGAAGCCUUCUCCAACGCUUUCAGAAGACUCGAGUGUACUCUUGGUUGAGGCUGUCUUUGAAGAGGCAUGUAAAUACUAUCAGCAAAGAAGUCUAAGUAGCACGCAGCUCACGGUGGAGAAGCUAAAAAAAGGUGGAAUGUUUCAAGCGCCCAUAUCGCUGGCUGCCAUCCUCAGGGAUUACCUCAGCAACCAGAAGACCAAAACUGGCGAGAAACAUUCCACAGGUCAAGAAAGGCUCAUGAGCUCACUCGAAUCGGAACUCAGGAGUCUUGUUUUGCUGGAAGACAUCAAAACAUCAGUGGUGAAGGCUUCGGAGAAAGAUCUAGAGAACUAUUGUGAAAGCUUGGUGCAGCAGGAGAUCUGCCGGCUGCUGAGUGGUGAGCUAGAGAGGGAGAAUCUUCAGUACCUGAACGGCAUCUUCCAUCUCUUUCCCACUUACUCCUGGCACGCCAUGCAAGCGGUUCUGCAUCUGAGGUGCAACGGUGAGGGUUUGUUGUCAUCUAAAGCUCCUGCUGAGUUAUGGAAAAUCAUCCUCAGCCCUGUGCAACCCACAGCGAACUUUGCUCACUGCAACAGUCAGCAGAAACACACUGCGGUGCCUGUGUUUGAGCUCUUGUGCCACUCCAUCUUCAAAUUCCAGCCCAGCUGGCUCCCCAGGAUUCUCGAACUGGCACAACAACAAUCCGGCGGGUCCUCCAAGUCUUCGUGGGGUUACGGCAUGAAAGAGAGCUCUGAGAGCUUGCCGCUCUAUAAACGGGCCUUGACGGUGCUCCCUUGCAGUGGGACCUACCAACACCUGAAAGUGGAGCUGCUUUUGUGCAGCGAGCGGCCUAAAGCAAUAAUGCAAGCGUUGCGGAUUCUCAUCAAGCAAGGCCAGUGGGAACAGGUUGCACAAGUAGCUGAGAGGUUCUGCCGGCAGAGCCCUCUUCUGAACAAAGAGAUUUUCAGUGCUCUGCUGUGCGAAGUGUCCCAACAUAGAGACCUGGACCCUUAUUUAGACCUGCUGUGGACUCUUUGUCCGGAGGACAUGACUGUGACGAGCAUACUUAAUAUUGUAUUGAAAGACCUGCCUGAUUCGACACAGAACUCGGGACCUUUCGAGGCUCAUGGCAGCCAGGUCACCAUCGGGCUUUUGAAACCGCUGCUCAGAAAAGUUCUCCAAAGGGAGACCAAACCGAGCCAAAGGUACGCAGAUAUCCUUCAGUCACCCACAGUUCCUCCGCUCACUCCUCCACGCCAGCCAAAGGGACUUUUCAGAGAUGCUGAGCAGAAGGAAACCAAGCAGAGGACUUCCUCUGGAUCUCAAGCGACAUGUCAAGCCAGACUGGCCUGACUUUCCCACUCGCAAAUCAUGUCUGACCCUUUACAUAGCCUGUUAUUAAAAAGCUCUUAGAGAUGUGUCCUUUUUACAGCCGUCACACGAAGGCAUGCUGUCACCCUGAUCCUAAUGUAAGGUCAGAGAUGACUAAGCAUUAUCCACAUUUCAUGCUCUAGAUCAUUUAUUUUAUAAACUCUUAGCAUAACAAUGUCUUGUUUUUCUGUUGACACUACAGUUCAUGUCAUCGUACGUUGGAGUACUUAUUAUUUUAAGAAAUUCCAUGGAAGAUGUAAGCUAAAAAAAUGAUUAGUCAUUAAUAAAAAUGUACAGUAAUAUAAAAUGUAAUAUGCAUGCUGAUGCAUUGGACAAUUUAGAUUUGUUCAUUUCAUGUUAAAUGCCUUAUGUGUUUUCAGGAUUGCUCUUGUAUUUAGUGCUAUCACAGGGAUUUUAACUAUGUAAAAAGCAAUUAAAUAUGACUCGUGUAUUGCUGCCACUCGUUUUCAAGUCUCUUUCUGAGCUAAAAGUGUCACAGCUGUCAUUAGUGAUGUAUGGUUUUGUGGUCAGGGAGGGGAAUUCUGAUGUGCUUCCAGUGCAAAGCUUUAUAAACUCACUGGGUCUCUGCAUUCCUACUGAGCUCAGCAGCAGCAUUCACAGCACUGCUUUAAAUUCAGUUCAGCUAAAUUCUAUUAUACAGUGACCAGCUUCAAACUCAAUUAUAUUGGGCAGGCUUGUGUUGCCCCGUCAUAGCUAAUUGUAUUUGGAGAGCUGAAACACUUCUAUUUUCUCUUUUUGAUGCAAGUGUUUACUAGGUAUUGGAGUAUUCUGCACAGUGUAUUUGAAAUUUUAUUUUUCUGACCUACAGUAAUUAACUAAAGGCACAAAAAAUUGUUCCUAAAUGUGAUUUUAAAAACAUUUAGUAAAAAUGUCUGAAAUAUCUCUGUGUGUGCUACUGCUAACUGUAUGCUACUGUUA